GCUCCCCAGGUGAUUUCAAGGGGCAACCCGGGCUGCCAAGCACUGAUCUACUGUAACAGUAAGAGGCACAUCGCCUCCCCGAGGGCUCUCCAGGUGUUCCUUUCACAGCGAAAUCCUGUUCAUCAAACCCCAAAUCAAAAAGAGCCAGUGGUGUCUAAUUCCCCUCCUCUCAUCAACAGAACCGGGAGGGGUUGGGGAGGGUUCCUGGUAGAGCUCGCCCCCGCCGGGCUCGGGGUCUCCUGUCCUCGCGGCUCAGGUGCGGUGCUGCGCCAGGAAGCCACCCGCUCUGGUCCGCCGGUGCGCGGGGCUGUUGCGCCAUCCGCUGGGGCUUUCGUAACAGCACCCUGGGACGGCCUAAAGACACUCCAGCGCGAGUUCCUCAAAUGUUUUCCUGCGCUGCCAGGACUGUCCGCUGCUCUGAGUCAUGUGCAAGUGGGAAGUCGCACUGACACCGAGCCCGGCCAGAGGGAGCCGAGCCGAGCGCGGCGCGGGACUCCAGGACUCGCCGUGCGUGCAGAGCGCGGCCCCCCCCGGGGAUGGGGGCUGCCCUCGGGGCCUGAGCCCGCCCGCCGCCCCGCCCCGCCCCGGCCGCUCGGUCCCGACCCGCCCGCCCGCCUCUCUGGGACCAUGGGGCAUUAGCGGAGGAGGAAGCAUGCUGGCCGUCCGCUGCGCGCUGCUGACCGCCCUGCUUGCCGCGCCGGGGGCGGCACUGGCCCAAGGGGGCUGCCCUGCGCUGGAGGUGGCGAGCAAUGUGCUGACCCAUCCGCCUGGGGCCAGUGUUGUCCUGACCUGCCCGGGCGGGGAACCAGGAGACAAUGCCACCUUCCACUGGGUGCUCAGGAAUCGGGUCGUAGGGGUCUCAGGCUCACAGCACAACAGGUGGACUGGCGUGGGAAGGAGGCUGCUUCUGAGUUCACUGCAGCUCAACGACUCUGGAAACUAUUCGUGCUACCAGGAGGGCCGCCUAGUGGGAACUGUGUGUCUGCUGGUGGAUGCUCCUCCCGAGGAGCCCCAGCUCUCCUGCUCCCGGAAGAGCCCCCUCAGCAAUGUUGGCUGUGAGUGGAGUCCUCGGAGGCCCCCCUCCCCGACGACCAAGGCCGUGUUACUGGUGAGGAAGUUUGCAGAAACUGAGAGCGAGCCCUGCCCUUGUUUUGUGUCCGACAGUCAGAACAGUCCAGUGGAAAACUUCCAGGAGCCGUGCCCGUAUUCCCAGGAGUCCGGGAAGUUCUCUUGCCAGUUGGCAGUCCCAGAGGGAGACAACUCGUUCUACAUAGUGUCCCUGUGUGUCGCCAACAGUGCCGGGAGCGAGUCCAGCAGACCCCAAACAUUCGAGGGUUAUGGAAUCUUGCAGCCGGACCCACCUGUCAACAUCACAGUCACCGCUGUGGACAGAAACCCCCGCUGGCUCAGUGUCACCUGGCAAGACCCCCCCUCCUGGAACUCAUAUUUCUACAGGCUACAUUUUGAGCUCCGAUACCGGGCUGAACGGUCAAAGACAUUCACAACAUGGAUGGUCAAGGAGCUCCAGCAUCACUGCAUCAUCCACGACGCCUGGAGCGGCAUGAGGCACGUGGUGCAGCUCCGGGCCCAGGAGGAGUUUGGGCACGGCUUGUGGAGCGAGUGGAGCCAGGAGGUCAUGGGCACGCCCUGGACAGAACCCAGGACUUCUGGAGCUGAGACUGAGGUGUCCCCCUCCACACAGGCAUCUACUACUAAUGAAGACAAUGAAAAUAUUCCAUUUAAAGAUUCUGCAAAUGCAACAAGCCUGCCAGUGCAAGAUUCUUCUUUGGCAUCACUGCCCACAUUCCUGGUGGCUGGAGGAAGCCUGGCCUUCGGAACGCUCCUCUGCAUUGGCAUUGUCCUGAGGUUCAAGAGGACAUGGAAGCUGCAGGCUCUGAAAGAAGGCAAGACGAGCAUGCACCCGCCGUAUUCUUUGGGACAGCUGGUCUCCGAGAGGCCCAAGCCCACCCCAGUCCUUGUUCCCCUCAUCUCCCCACCAGUAUCCCCCAGCAGCCCUGAGUCUGACGACACCUCCAGGCAUAGCCAACCAGAUGCCAGGGGCCCACAGAGCCCUUAUGACAUCAGCAAUAGAGACUACUUCUUCCCCAGAUAGCUGGCUGGGUGGCACCUGGCAGGUUGGGGUGUCAGACCUGCUGAAUUGUGUGGAUGACGAAGCACAAGCUGGCUUUAGCAAAAGACGCUUCUCACUGCCAUUCCAGCUCAUCUCAGGUGCCUGGGGCCUCCGGCUUCACGGUUACAGAAGGGCCUCAUGGAAUGUUCUACGCUGGGUAAAAAUAGGUCUGCUGUGUCUGUUUAGAAGGAAGAGGUGGCUGAGUGUUUGGAGCACCCUUCCCCAAAUGCCCUGCUUACAAUGGUUAGAGUGAACUCAGGCCCUGUGAACAGAGUGGUGUCAAAACUCCACUGGACACUCAGGUGGGCAGAGCCGGGUGGCCGCGGAGACCUUGGACUCCCCUGGCUUGGUGUGGACAAGCCGCUGGCUGCCCGCACACCCCGGCAGAUCACCGCAAGCUGUACCCUCAGGCAGGUGGGAUGGAUUUCCCACCAAAGACCCCCUCCAAGUCACCUGUCUCCUGGCCUACUGCACAGCUUCAAACUCUUGAAACCCACAUGCCUUCGCAAUUCUGUUCUUCUGGGCCUGAGGACGGCGUUUCUUAAACCACGGAGGCUGCGGAAGCUCUCGCCUGCCUUUCUUCCCCUCACCUGAAAAAUAGUGGAGAGGGAGGUAAAUAGUAUCUCAGGGGCUGAUGGUUUGAAAUGGAAUUAUGAUUAGUUUCUCAUUAGCAUUUUGCUAACUGUGAAUGAUAAUCCUGGGCACUUGCUGAAUCCAGAAGCAUCUGCACUGGCUCAGUUUCUCUCUUGGGAUCCCAGGACUUCAGGAGGAGAGAAGCAGAGAGGAGGGAGGGGAAUGGGGACAGGGUCCCAGGUUUGUAGGAACAGAGGUGAGGGGGACCUGGCCUCUGAAAACCAAUAUUCUCUAUCCUCUCCCUCCUCCGCCCCCCAAAAGGAGACUUGGCCUUGGGGGCGGUGGUUCUGC